AUGACCCCAGACAAUACAGCAUUUGAUACACAUCAUGAUAAACAGCCAGAGAGAUUGCCUAAUAAAUAUUCUGUGGGUGCGGAGGAAAUACCAGAUGCUGUGGUUAAAGCUAGUGGAACAUUUCUUGUGGAACCACUAGCCGACAGAGCUAAUUCAUCAUUUUGGAGUGGUGUAUUUCUAAAUAUUCUUAAAAGUGCAAAAGUAAAACCUCUGCUUAAAGAGGAUGCAAAGUUCAGAGCUGGAAAGUCAACACAGUCAGCAAUCUUUGCCUUUUUAAAUGAAAUAUUAAAAGUGGUGGAUGAUAAGCAAUAUGUAUCUGGAAUAUUUCUUGAUCUUAGUAAAGGAUUUGAUAUUAUUGAUCAUGAAAUUCUCUUGCAAAAAUGUAAUUAUGGAAUUAAAGGGCAGUCUGAAAGUUUUUGCAGUAAUGGGCAAAAAUUGAGUAUGGAUUCCCUUAAGGAUUUAUGGCUGGAACAUGUCCUACUUCUGCUGUAUGUAAAUGACUUGGCUGAUAAAAUACAUGAUGGAACUGCAGUAGUGUUUGCAGAUGAUACAAGAAUUCUGAUUAAAUCACACAGUGAAUUGCCUUCUGCUACUAUCUACUCGACUGUCAUAUUAAGAAAUUUUGAACAUCUAGUACUGGAAACAUAA